AUGGACGCUAGGAAGGCUUCUAAGAAGCGCAAGGCGGUUACCCGCGAUGUGGAGGAGGAAGCUGGUGUCUUUUCCGGCGAUGAGCUGAGCGCGGAAAAUUUGGAUGGAGCUCUUUCCGACAACAACAACGACUUGUCGGAGAGCGAGGAGGAAGAUAGCGACUCCGAAAUCGAGUUGAUUGACGACUUCAGCGACGAGGAUGACGAAGAUGAUGAGGAGGAGUUAGACAGUGAUGAAAUUCCUUCCGACACCGAGCCCGUGGCGCCGAAGAAGACGCAAAAGUCUACGCCUGCCGACAACGAACCCAACUUCCGUAUCGUGAAGGACGCCAAUGGAAACGAGCGCUAUCUCUACGAUGAGAUCAACCCGGACGAUAACUCGGACUACUCGGACGUCGAGGAGAAUGCCAACACUAUUGGCGAUAUCCCGUUGUCAUUCUACGAUCAAUACCCUCACAUCGGUUACGAUAUCAAUGGUAAAAGGAUCAUGCGCCCGGCCAAGGGCGAGGCUCUGGAUGCGCUCCUUGACAGUAUCGAGGUGCCCAAGGGCUGGACUGGUCUUACCGAUCCUUCGACUGGCAAGCCAUUGGAGCUGAGCCAGGAGGAAUUGGAGCUGCUGAAGAAGGUGCAGAUGAACGAGUCCACUGUCGAUGGCUACAACCCUUAUGAGCCCUUGGUGGAGUCCUUCUCUAGCCAGCUUGAGAUCAUGCCUCUCAGCGCUGCUCCCGAACCGAAGCGCCGAUUCGUUCCAUCCAAGCACGAGGCUAAGCGUGUGAUGAAGAUCGUGAAGGCGAUCCGCGAGGGCCGCAUUCUCCCCUACCGUGCCCCCGAGGAGCGUGAGGAGAAGGAGGAAGAGCUCAUCAACUACGAUCUAUGGGCCGAUGAGGUCGAGCGACCCGAUCACAUUAUGCACAUUCCCGCACCCAAGCUUCCGCCGCCCGGUUACGAGGAGAGUUAUCACCCUCCUCCCGAGUACCUGCCCGAUAAGAAGGAGCGCAAGGAGUGGGAGCAGACAGACCCCGAAGACCGUGAGAAGGAGUUCUUGCCCAAUGACUUUGGUUCUCUUCGCAGGGUUCCUGGUUAUGAGAACUUUGUCAAGGAGAAGUUCGAGCGUUGCUUGGAUCUGUACCUUGCUCCUCGUGUGCGCCGCAGCAAGCUGAACAUCGACCCCGAGAGUCUCUUGCCCAAGCUGCCCAGCCCUGAGGAAUUGAAGCCGUUCCCUACUACUUGCGCGACGGUGUUCCGUGGUCACAAGGGUCGUGUUCGUUCCCUCAACGUGGACCCCACUGGAAUCUGGCUCGCUACUGGUGGUGACGAUGGUACCGUUCGCGUUUGGGAGAUUCUUACCGGUCGCCAACUCUGGAGUGUUAAGCUCAGCGACGAGGAUGCCGUCAACGUUGUCCGCUGGCGUCCUGGCAAGGAUGCCGUCAUUCUUGCUGCUGCUGCGGGUGACGACCUUUUCCUUACCGUUCCUCCAAUGAUUGCCGACCCCGAGAUCGAAAAGGCCAGCUUGGAUAUUAUCGAUGCUGGCUGGGGUUACGCCGCCUCCAACCCUCCCCCGAGUGCUGCGGAGGCCAACAAGAAGAACACUCCUCCCCAAUGGAUCCGACCUUCUUCCGAGCUCGCGGACGCCGGUGUGUGCGUGGUUAUUCCUCUUCGUUACGUUCCCAAGUCGAUCUCCUGGCACCGCCGCGGAGACUACUUCGUCACUGUGUGCUCGGGUGCAUCGACCCCUGCUUCCGUGGCCAUCGCGAUCCACACCGUCUCCAAGCAUCUUACCCAGUAUCCCUUCCGUCGACGCCUCAAGGGUGGUGGCCCCCCCUCAGACUGCCCACUUCCACCCCUCGAAACCGAUUCUCGCUCCAUCCGUGGCUACGAUCUUUCUCGGCAAUUGUUGGUCAAGAUUGUCCAGCCCGGUGCCCGCUGGAUUUCGUCCUUUGAUAUUCACCCGACUUCAUCUACUGCCUCGGGUGGUGACAACAUCAUUGUCGGUUCUUACGACCGUCGCCUGCUCUGGCACGAUCUGGAUCUGUCGCAGCGCCCUUACAAGACCCUCCGGUAUCACCGCAAGGCUAUUCGUGCUGUCAAGUUCCACCCCGGUGGUCGCUACCCACUGUUCGCCGACGCCAGUGACGACGGUUCCCUGCAGAUCUUCCACGGCAGCGUUACGGGUGACAUGCUCAGCAACGCCACCAUUGUUCCCCUCAAGGUUCUCAAGGGCCACAAGAUCACCGGCGAGCUGGGUGUCCUCGAUAUCGAUUGGCACCCGCGGGAGGCUUGGUGUGUUAGUGCCGGUGCUGAUGGCACGUGUCGUUUGUGGAUGUAA